CACCGUUACAGAGGCUGUCAUUAGAGAGUGGAGACAAGUGUCAACAAAAGCUAGGCCAAGGAGUGCGCCGCCCACUGCCUUCCCGCUGGUAGCCACGAUGAUGAUUGAGCAGAACGUGGAGAAGAAACUGAACGUCACCAAACAACUGGAGAAAGAAGUCAAUCAAUUAGCAUCUGUGCGAGAUGUACUGGGACGCUCCAGCCAGGUGGCCACCAAUGUGGGAAACAUCCUGGACUCUUUUGAACACCGUCUGGCUCGGCUUGAAACGACCAUCUUGCCCCUCUACCAGCAGACUGGCAACCUUCAGCGUCGACAACUCAAUACAGAGAAGACAUUGCAAGAAUUAGACCAUGUGAUUGGUUACUAUAACGUGGCUGGCCAAGUGGAGAGUGUGGUGAAGGAGAGACCCAGCAGCAUUGGGGUGCCUCAGUACCUCCAGGCCAUGGACCGCCUAGCUGAAACCUGCAGAUACUUUGAACAGAAUAAACCUGAAAGCGUAGAAAUUAAGAAUCUGACUUCUCUAUUUGAAAAUGGGACUGAUGCUCUGGGCAAAGAGUUUCGAUAUGAACUCAUGAAGUACCAGAAACCAGUGCCACCAGUGGCCACCCUGGAGCUGCUGGAGGAGGAAGAAAUAAAUGAAGAAACACUAAGUGGUGUUGAACUUGUUCCUCCUGGUGUGCGAGAAGACUUGAGAGCCAUUGCAGCCUGGCUAGACAAACACAAUAACACAGACAGGCUCACUGUGUAUGCAAAACUGCGUUCAGAUACUCUUAAACAGAGUCUAAGGGCCCUGCGAGACUAUCACAGCAGCAGCAUGGAGCGAGGGCAGGGCACAGGGUCACUGAAUUCACCUGGACCUCUUCGGGGGAGACUGACUAAAGUGGACAGUACCAGCAAGAGUCGAACAUUAAAGAUUUCAAACAAGGCAAAGAUACUGCAAAAAGCCAUCACGGGCCAUGUGUCCUCCCGCAGACAAGGUUCUCCUGGACAUUCUUCAUACAUGCAUGGCACCCUCACCUCCCCGCAUGAAUUGUUUCCUGAAGUCCGGGUCCCAACUGAAGGCUUGGAGGACAUAGAGGUUGAACUUUACCUAAACCAGGUUUCUGCAUUACACUGUCUAGCAUUUGCAGAGUACCUUCUUGCUCAGCAGCUUGUUCCCGAAGACAGAGUUACUCGUACAUUUGAAAUGAUCCUCAAGGAACCAAUGGACCAACUGGUCACAGAGGGAGAGGGUUUAGCAACUCAAGCUCGAAAGAGUGUGAGCCGAGGGGACUACCAGGCAAUGCUGUCAGUGCUGGCCAUGGUUCGCCACGUCACCAACAUCCAGCCUGAGUAUGACCGUCUCCUGACCAACUGCCAGACAUCUAUUAGAGCCAAAUUUGCUGCAAUUAUCCACAUGUUGCAAGAAACUUGUGUGAAGGCACUGGAAGGCUUUGUGGAUAGUGUGAAGAGUGAUGGUGAGCGAGGGCUGCCCAAGGACGGAACAGUGCACCAAAUUACCAAUGAUGCUCUUAGAUUCACGAAGCAGUUGCCGGAUUAUGCCCAGACACUUGCACCAAUUCUCCAGAGGGACACAGUCCUCACAAGCUCACUCUCCAAUCUACCCAGGAAUGCAGAUGCUUCUCUCCAGGCUAAGGCUUUACUUGGCGCUUAUGUCAAGAGAGUGUUGGCGAACCUUUGUCUGGCCUUCGUUAGCAGAAGUGAAACCUACAGUGAUGGGACUUUAAGGGCAAUAUUCCGUCUCAAUAACUACAACUACAUUCUAAAUACACUCAGUAGUUCUAAACUGCUCAAUUUAGUGGCUCUUGUUGAACCUCAGUGUGACAAAAUGUACAGUGAUCAGAUUAUGGAGCAGAAAAGAUUAUAUUCCCAAAGCUGGAGUCGUGUUCUCCAUUACCUGAACCACGAAGAUGUGCCACUUUCUGUCAUUCAGGCCGGCAAGCUGCGGGACAAAGACAAACAGCUUAUUAAGGAUGCGUUUGCUGGCUUCAACAAGGAGAUGGAGGAAAUGUCUCGAGUGCAGCGGAGUUAUUCCAUCCCUGACCGAGAUCUGCGGGAAAGUCUCAAGAGGGACAAUAUGGAGUACAUCCUGCCAAAAUACCAGGCCUUCUAUGACAAGUAUGUCAAUGUUGCUUUCACAAAGAACACGGAUAAGUACAUCAAGUAUACCCCUGCAGACGUCGCUAAUAUGGUGGACAAGUUCUUUGAUGUAGCAGCAUAAUUCAAAUAGACAUAACUUCAAUACUUUCAGAAGCAGACAUGCUCAUUUUCUAUUUGAAAGUUGAACUCAUUUACAAAUAUGGAUCUGGUAUUACCAAGUAUGUAUGCAAAGUAGACAUUCCCUUGAAUAUUCUUGUCCAUCAAAAAAUAGUGUGCUUUAAUUUUUUCAGUAAACAUAUAUGUAAGCAACCUUCAUUUUCCAAUGUGAUGCUGAUAUAAUUGGUUACUUUUAGCAUGGUUCCAUACAUCACAAAGGAGGAGUGUUGUAGUGAAAUGAAUGCCUUCUUUGUUAAUUUUAUAUAUAUUUUGAGUUUUACUGAACUCCUAAAAAUUCAAUUAGUACAUGUAGGUAAAAUACUAGACACAGAAUCAAUAGAUGAAAGAUACUCACACUCUUGUGUCUCCUAGUAUUCAAACAGCAUAGCAAUGGAAACUGUGUAGGAAGAAUCUGUCAUGUUUUAUUGAUAUUGAGGACAAUGAUUGUAGCUAUACAUUCCAGAGUGGAUGUAGAGCUUGUGAGGAUAUCCAGGUGCUGUGCCUUAAUUAGCAAUCUAUUAAAAGUACAUAAGUAAA